GUAGGCCAGCAGGAAGGCGGGGACCCGGGGCAAGGCUGCAGCCACCAAGCAGGCCCAGCGUGGCUCUUCCAACGUCUUUUCCAUGUUUGAGCAAGCCCAGAUCCAGGAGUUCAAGGAAGCUUUCAGCUGCAUCGACCAGAACCGUGAUGGCAUCAUCUGCAAGUCAGACCUUCGGGAGACCUACUCCCAGCUCGGGAAGGUGAGUGUCCCAGAAGAGGAGCUGGACGCCAUGCUGCAGGAGGGGAAGGGCCCCAUCAACUUCACCGUCUUCCUCACGCUCUUUGGAGAGAAGCUCAAUGGGACAGACCCUGAGGAAGCCAUCCUGAGCGCCUUCCGCAUGUUUGACCCCAGCGGCAAGGGCGUGGUGAACAAGGAUGAGUUCAAGCAGCUUCUCCUAACCCAGGCAGACAAGUUCUCUCCGGCUGAGGUGGAACAGAUGUUUGCCCUGACACCCAUGGACCUGGCAGGGAACAUCGACUACAAGUCCCUGUGUUACAUCAUCACCCACGGGGACGAGAAGGAGGAGUGAGCAGGAGACGCUGGUGGCCCGGUGGCCGUGACUCAGUGCCAGGCCCUUGGGGCCACCUCAAUAAACAUUGUUUCUGAAUUAGA